AUGGCUUACGACAAAAGUAGUUUGGUGCUGCUUCUGGUGGUGGUUUGUGCAUGGUGCUUUACGGCGGUUUUAGCCGCCGACGAUGGAGACAAGGAGGACAGCUCUCAAGAUGUCAGUGUUAUUGGAAGACAACUUUAUGAAGAAGGAAGGACGUUCGUUCAUCACGCCAUGAAGAGGAUGGCCAUCAUCUUACCAGCAAUCUUCUUCAAGAUGGGUAUAGCCUUCACCAUGCUUGUACUGGUUACCAUAGUUUCCGUAAACAACGGCGUCAUCGGAUUCAUGCUUCUUGUUGUUGGACUCAGCUCUGUGUUGGCGAGGAUGCAAGAAGCCAGGGUUCCUCAUUCUCAUCCUGCUGCGAUUCCUGCACCUCUUCACAUCACCUACCCUUCUUAUCCUAGCUCCCACCACCAUUUCUUAGACAGAAGCGACGUUGGUGUUGAAAGCCCAAAACCAUCCCCACCAACUCACAAUUAUCCCACGCACACCUACCCUAGCUACUCGCCCUACAAUGAUGUAGUUUACACUAAAUACGUUAAGUAA